AUGAUAUUAUAGGCUUAGAAAGGGCUGUUGUACGUUAUCUAUUGAUGUUUCUAAAGUUACAAUAGUACAUAACAUUUUAUUUUUUCAGUUAUAAUACUUUUCUGUUUCACAAAAAUGGGUCGUCGAUCUAUAAAUACCACUAAAAGUGGAAAGUAUAUGAAUCCAUCAGAUCAAGCAAGAAAAGAGGCCAGGAAAAGGGAACUGAAGAAGAACAAAAAACAAAGACAGCUGGUGAGAGCGGCAGUGUUAAAAGGAAAGGACCCUCAUCAGCUAAUAAUGGACAUGGAGAAAAUAGAUGAAAUGGAGUUUAAUCUGGCACAUCCUCCACCACUGAACGAGAAGGUUCUACGGGACAAGAGGAAGAAACUAAAAGAGACUUGGGACAGAGUUUUAAGAUUAUAUCAAAAAGAAGACCCAGACAGAUGGACAGACUUGAGAAAAAUGGAGAUAGAUUAUGAUAAACGUAGAAAUCAACUGAUUAAAUACUUUGAGUCUGUAAAAUAUGCUCAACAAGUGCAAGUGGAAGAAAUCCCUUUACCUUCUGCACCCAGCAUGCCAUUUGUUGUUCCUGCACAGAUUCCUCUGCCAAAUGAAAUUCCACUUCCAUCUGCUCACUUGCACCAGCCUCAAUCAAUUCUGAAGAGGUCCUCUGCUUUUGAUCAAAGAGAAAAGCAUGUUUUUCUAAGCAAAAAGAGAGUGCCUCCUGGUGUACCUCCUGGUCCUCCUCCUGAACUAUCUGAUGAUGAAGAAGAUCCUUAUGAUCCAGAAGAAGAACCUCUGAUUGACCAUGUGGAUCCUCUAGAAGAUAUUGAAUCUGAGAAACCAUUUAGAGGGAGAAAGAUACGGUUUGCUGAUGAAGAGGAAGAUGAUCACAUGGAUGAUGGUCCUCCUGGUGAGGAAAAGAAAGUUGAACAAAGUACAGAAGAUAAAGAGGAUGAAGACGGUGAUACCCUUCAGCCAACACCACUUCAAGCCAAAAUGCUAGCCAUGGCUGGAACAGAUAUUUCAGAAUUUUUGAAAGAGCUGGAAGCAGUACACAAAGAAAGAAGCCGUGUUAAAAAUUCUACACCAGAAAAUCUAAAGAAACACACCAUAGAAGAUGGUAAAGAAGAAGAAGAAGAAAACAUAGAUGAGGCUGAUGAACAUCAUGAAGAAAUUCCAACUUCUAUUCCUGCUGUUCCUGUAACCUCAGCACUUCCUCCUGGUCCACCUCCAGGAUUACCACCUGGACCACCACCUAUGAUAUUCCGCCCACCUCCACUUCGACCUGGUCUUGGACCACCACCACGACUAGGGCCACCAGGUAUUCCUCCUCCUCCACAUAGCCGACCUGUCCUUCCUCCAGGACCCCCACCAGGUCCACCUCCACGAGUUGGAACUUUACCACCACGGUUACCCCCUGGUCCUCCCCCAGGGAUUCCUCCACUGCGGCUGGUACGACCUCCUCCAAAUCUCCCACCACCACCUGGUGUUCCCUUACCCGGUAUUCCACUUCCUAGUGGGCCUCCACCAUCUAUUGUUACAACAACAUCCAAUCCAAAUGUUGUAAGUGCACCACCUAGUCUUAUCCAGAGACCCAAGAUUUCCUUGUUGACAGAAGAGGAGAAAAAGAGCUCAGCUACUAUUGAAGCCAAACCACAGAUACGUAACCUAAGUGUGGACAUUACACGUUUUACACCGAUUGCCUUGAGAAUAAAACGAGAAGCCAGAAAGGGCCAAGGAAAGGGUCAUCAAAUUGGAGAAGCAACAAAAGAAUCCCAGUUGAUUAAUGCUUUGAGGGCACCUUCAGUUACAGCACCCACAAAAGAUGAUGCUUAUGAACAAUUCAUGAAAGAAAUGGAGGGAUUACUAUGAAAAAGGGGAGAGAACCUCAUUUUGUAAAAUAGUUGUAUGUGUUGAUAUUUUGUGUGAAUUGACAUGAACAUUUCAGUGCCUAUUCAGAGUAAAUGUUUUUUUUUGUUUUUUCUGCUAUGGCUAAUUUUCAUACCACUGUUGUUUUGAUCAGUCUGUAAGCCUAACAAUAAUUAGAUAAUGUUUUUAAUGUCAUACUUCUGUUAAAAAACAUUUCUGGCAAUAAAAUUAAAAUUUGAAUAUAUUGCUGAAAAUGUUUUCUUUCUUGAUAGAUCACUUACCAAAUGAACUGCAAAAUGGAUUCUGUUAGAACUAAGGAUCCAUCUAACUUAAACAAGUGAUUUCAAAAUGGUUUGUGUUAGAACUAAGGAUCCAUCUAACUUAGGCAAGUGAUUUCAAAAUGAUUUGUGUUAGAACUGAUGAUCCAUCUAUCUUAG